AUGAGAGCGCUUCAUCUGAAGGCACAAUGGGUCAGAUCGAAUGCGGCGGCGGCGGCCGAAGCCACCUUGACUCGAUUGCAUUUGGACGAGAAACGAGAUCCUCGCGGUCGACGACGUGGCUUCGCCGUUCCGCAGGUUAUGACCUCGAGUAUCGUGCAGAGGAUUCGACUGAUUUUGCCUCAUGUGUUACUGUUGUGUACGACAAUAUUGUACAGUAUCUUGGGAGCAUUGUGUUUUCAGUAUACUGAACAGAACCAUGGGCAAGGCCAUAUGACUAGAUAUGCUCAUAAUGCUAAAGCGGCACAGGUAAGCUUUGUUAUGUCUUGAUAAAUUGUUUUAAAUUUGUUAAUGUCCAAAUAUUAUAAUUGAAAAAAUAUGUUCAAAAAUCAAAAAUUCGUAAAAAAUUAAAUUUCAAAAAUCCUUUUAAAUUUUAAAAUUCCAAACAAGUAUUAUCAAUUUCAAAAAAUUUUUCCCACCAAAAAUUAAAUAAAUUUCAAACUUUUAUGGUAUUUUUGAAUCCCCAAGCGGUAUUUCAUUGUCUUUUCGUCAUAAACAUUUGACAGAGUGUGUCAACCUUGUUCUAUUCAACUCCCUCGGGGUUUUUAACAAAUUUUAAACAAUUUGUCGUGUUACUGAUAACUUCUUUUAGUGAAUCAAUGUUAUAAAAUUAAAAAACAUUGUGCUUUUAAAUUAAGAAAUUUCAAAAAUAAAAAGAAUGUCCAAAACAAUAAAAAUUUGCUACUUGCACCCCCUUCAGAGAUAUAAAACAUCCUCAUCCCCUUCAGAAAUCCACAUGAAAAGAAACUGAAGUAAAACUUUUCAGAACGCCUUACUGAACCUAGAAAUCCCCCGUCCUGAUACCAUAACCGAAGAAGACAAGAACAAAACCAAUGAGCUUAUCGAAGACACCAUCGACAAAAUCAUUCAAACUGCUAUGGAAGCCUAUUCCGAAGGCAUAUCGGCCGAAGAAAUCUCUCACAACUCAGUGGAGAGGAAGAAAGGCUCAAAGUGGUCGUUCCACUCGGCUUUGUACUUUUCUAUUACUGUUCUCACUUCUGUAGGUAUGUUAUUUUACUUUGUUUUUUAGUUUUAAUUUCUUGGUUUUACAAAUUUUGUCAUACUUUGAGUUAUUUACUUUCUUUUUUAAUUUUUUGAUAGAUCUUGUCAUAUCUAUAACUCAAAUUUUGCCAUAUUUCGACCAGUGUAGACCUGUAAAGAAACUGGGCCAAUGCAGGACCUAGUAAGCCGUCUUCCAGGUCUAGUCCAGCGACGUAUAUAAAUCACCUUGAUUGAAAAAGCCUGCUACUUCAUUUCAAUUUUAGGCUACGGUAACUUAGUGCCGAUCUCACCAUUAGGGAGGAUAUGUUGUAUUGUUUAUGGUGCUUUGGGGUAAGUGAUAUGACACUUUCUUAAUUUUUUGAUCCUAGAAUAAAAAUCGACCAGAAAAAAAAUCUAAAAGAAAAAUCGAACUGACCAAAAAAAUCGACCAGAAAAAAGUUUUUUUUGUUAAUUUCCAAAAACAAACAUUCAGUAAUGAUAACAAUUUUACACCUACUCUCCUGGACAAAUAGGAGGAAAAGUCAAAACCAAAACCUCUCUCCCAUCACUAAUUACAAUAAACUUCCAAUCAAAACAAAAAUACUUCAGAAUCCCCCUAACCUUGAUCACAAUAGCCGAUGUGGCCAAAUUCUUCACGGACGUGCUGGCCCAAACCGAGAAUCGUUAUCGAAAGAGGUUGAUGAAGAAGUCAGACAGUGAUGAGAAACAAAAGAGUGCCAUCGAAGAGACCGAGGAAGGGAAUGAAGAAGACGAGGAGGAUCUGCUUUGUGAACCGGGCCCAUUAUCAAAGGCUUUUGUGCUGUUUUUGCUAUUGGGCUACAUGUUUGGAGCUGCUGUUACUUGCUCAUACUUUACCGAGACUUGGAACUUUGUGGACAGUUAUUACUUUUGUCUCAUUACUAUGGUAAGAAACUUGUUAUACUCAACAUGCGACAUGUUUUACUAGAAAGUUGCAGUAAAUAUCCUGAGUUUUAGAACGAGAUCUACAUAGGAUAACAGAGCCCUAAUUCUUCCCCUUUCAGACCACCAUCGGCUUUGGAGACCUGGACCCGGCCCUCGCCUACAACCCUCCCGAGCACUAUUUUGGUUGGAUCUGCUUCAUCUUCGCCGGUCUUAUCUUAUCCACCAUGACGGUUGACAUGUGUGGCUCUUCAGCGAUUCAAAGUCUACACGCAUGGGGCCGCGGAAUCGACGCUUUGGCCAUAUUUUCGGCUUUGACAAAAGGUGGCGGUGGAGGGCAUUUUGCUUUUCAGCCCGCAGCUUUGAGCGAUAUCCCGUUUAUCGACCAAAAAGUGAGACAAUUGAGUGCGUAUGGGAUGACAUACGACAAUCUGAUUUAUCGACAAAGCGAUUCGGAGGAUUCGAGUGGGCGGAGCUUGCCAAAGUAA